AUGUCCUUCUCUUCGCUCGUAUCCGACUUGACAUACCGCGACCGUAAUGGCGGCAACGGCGGCGCCGACAAGCGCUCGACCAUGUCUCGUGCCCGAUCAUACGCCAGCACCGCAGCCACAAGCGUCAGCAUCACUGGAGACAUCUCGAGUCAACUGCAUGGAGGUUACAGCCAUCCGCUCGCUCGCGCGUGGCAAGCUGAGCGCCAGUUGACCAAGUCGAUGCUCAUCUACCCCCUGUUCAUCACAGACAACCCAGACGAGGAGACUCUGAUCCCCUCAUUGCCUGGACAAUACCGCCGUGGUCUGAACAAGCUCGUCCCCUUCCUCCGUCCUUUGAUCGCAAAGGGCCUCAAGUCGGUCAUCCUGUUCGGUGUACCGCUCCACCCUGACGCAAAAGACUCUCUGGGCACUUCUGCCGACGACCCGACCGGCCCUGUCAUCGCUUCCAUCCGCCUGCUGCGCAAGGCUUUCCCUUCUCUCUUCAUCACUGCAGAUGUGUGUCUGUGCGAGUACACCAGCCACGGUCACUGUGGUAUCUUGCGCGAGGACGGCAGUCUGAACAAUGCUCUCUCUGUCGAUCGCAUUUCGGAUGUCGCAAUGGCCUACGCUGAGGCUGGCGCCCACUGCGUUGCUCCUUCAGACAUGAACGACGGCCGCAUCCGCGCCAUCAAGCUCAAGCUCAUCGAGGCUGGUAUCGCACACAAGGUCGUUCUCAUGUCCUAUUCGGCCAAAUUCAGUGGCUGUCUGUACGGCCCCUUCCGUGAUGCUGCUGGCAGCUCACCGUCAUUUGGUGACAGAAGAUGCUAUCAACUCCCCCCCGGCGGUCGCGGUCUCGCCCGCAGAGCAAUCGUACGCGACAUCAACGAAGGUGCCGAUAUCAUCAUGGUCAAGCCCGCCUCUCAAUACCUCGACAUUAUCAGUGACGCAAAAGACAUUGGCAAGGACUUGCCCGUUGCUGCAUACCAGGUCAGUGGUGAGUACGCCAUGAUCUGCGCUGCCGCCAAGGCUGGCGUGUUCGACUUGAAGACCAUGGCUUUCGAGGCCACCGAGGGCAUCCUUCGUGCUGGCGCGAGCAUUGUCGUUUCAUACUUUACACCCGAGUUCUUGGAUUGGUUGGAGAACUAG